AUGUUGCGGAAAAGUAUGGUUUCAAGGGAUCUUUACAACCAACGCACGGCGACAUUCCAAUCGGCUAUGAAAUUGUCCAUUGCAAUAGGCCAAUGUUUUGGUCUCAAUCCAGUUAUUGGAAUUUCCAAUAUCGAUGCAACAAAAGUGCGGUUUACAUUUUUUUCUGCACGAUGCUUGUACACGAUCUUCUCUAUUAUGGGACAAGCGACAAUGUUGUUCAUUUGUAUAUUAAAAUUUUUGAGAGAUACGGAUACAUCGCUUACCUCUAACACAUCACUGGCGUUCUACAGCUCCAACUUUAUGACAACGGUGUUAUUCUUACGAAUGGCUACAAAAUGGCCGCGCUUGUGCCUGCAAAUCUCGAUGACGGAAGCCACAAGCCCUAAUAUUGACAUGACACUAGUCAAGAAAUGUAACAUGACUUGCAUUCUCGUUCUGACAUUGGCUCUAGUUGAACAUAUUUUAUCUGACUUAUCGGGAUUAGCGGCAGUCAUUGAUUGCGAACCAGAAAAAAAUGUCUACGAAGCUUUCGUCAAGCGCAGCUUCCCUUGGGUAUACGUAUUUUUAACAUACAACCAUUUCAUUGGAUUUUUAUCACAGUUCAUAAACAUACAAUCCACGUUUACGUGGAGCUUUGCUGAUUUAUUCAUAAUAUGCAUCAGUUUCUACUUGAUAUCGAGGCUUGAGCAAGUUAAUCUGAAAAUUGUUGAAAAUCGAGGCAAAAAUAUGUCGCAGCACUUUUGGCGAACUGUUCGUGAGGACUACACUAGAGCGGCUACCCUGGUACGCCGUGUCGAUGAAGUGAUCGGCGCUAUAAUAUUUAUCUCUUUCGCCAAUAACCUCUUCUUUAUUUGCCUGCAACUGUACAACACAUUGAAGGACGGAAUCAAGGCCACACCUUUAUGCAGAGAACAAGACAUAAGACCGCUUCACGGAUACGAGCAGGCAACGUACUUCAUGUAUUCCUUCAUUUUUCUCGUGAUGAGAUCGUUAGCGGUGUCACUAAUAGCAUCCCGCGUGUAUGCUUGCAGCCGAAAACCAGCAGUCUCGUUGUACGAGGUGUCUUCCAGCGCAUACUGUGUAGAGAUCCGGAGAUUUUUGGACCAAAUCCAUGGAGACACGGUAGCGUUGAGCGGACUCCAGUUUUUUAAUAUAAAAAAAGGACUCGUCCUGUCAAUUGCUGGAACGAUUGUUACAUACGAAUUGGUGUUGCUCCAAUUCACUGGAGUUACGCCAACAUCAAGUCCACCAGCUGCGGAU